GCUAAUAAUUCACAGUGCACAGUGGGAGCUGCCUUCAAUGCUAAAAUAGGAGGUGUGAGGAUGUUAGAUGGGGAUGUGUCAGAUGUGAUUGAGGCUAAAUCAAUAGGUCUUAACCCAAGCCACAUAGACAUCUACUCAGCCAGCUGGGGCCCUGAUGAUAAUGGCAAAGUGGUUGAUGGACCAGCAAGACUUGCCAAGAAAGCAUUUGUUAAUGGCAUUUUGAAGGGUCGUGGUGGCAAAGGCUCCAUAUAUGUGUGGGCAUCAGGGAAUGGUGGCCUUGCUGGAGACUCAUGUAAUUGUGAUGGUUACACCAACAGUAUCUAUACGCUGUCUAUCAGUAGCGCUGAUGAACAUGGCCGUACACCUUGGUACUUAGAGCAGUGUUCCUCAACUCUUGCCACCACAUACAGUAGUGGAGACCAGGCCAAAGACAGGCAGAUUGUAACAACUGACUUGCACCAUCGCUGCACUGAGAGGCAUACAGGGACAUCAGCCAGUGCCCCCAUGGCAGCAGGGAUAUGUGCUCUGGCACUGGAAGCCAAUCCUGACCUAGGUUGGCGAGACAUGCAGUACAUUACCUUGUUAACGGCCAGACCUGAGCCCUUGUAUGAUGGUGACUGGACAGUGAAUGCCAAGGGAAGAAAAGUUAGUCUCAAAUAUGGUUAUGGCUUGAUGGAUGCUGCUGCUAUGGUCGAGUUGGCUGAGCAAUGGACUCCUGUCCCUGAUCACCAUAUAUGUAUGUCACCAUUACAGACCAUAAACAGACAUAUAGAUGGGUCUGGUUUGACUGUGACUCUGGACCAUACUGCAUGUGAUGAGGGCUCUCCACAUCACAUCAAAUAUCUGGAGCAUGUUCAAGCCAAGGUGUCUCUAGAGUACAGCCAGAGGGGAGCCCUAGCAAUGACUAUCAUAUCACCAAGCGGAACAAGAUCAGAAUUACUCAAACAGAGACUCAAAGAUGAUGCCAGUGGAGAGUUCAGAGACUGGCCAUUCAUGUCAGUACAUUUCUGGGGGGAGGACCCUGCAGGAAUAUGGACACUUGAGAUAGAAAAUCUUGGCUCACCCUCUAACUCAGGAACAUUCAAAGAAUGGCGAAUCAUAUUUUACGGCACAGCUGAGCAACCAAUUAAUAUUCAAGAACCAAGAAAAAAGUCAACAGAUGAUUAUAUUGAUACUGCGGGGUCACAUAAUCGCCACCGUGGCAAUGCUCAUGAAAAGGAGAAUGAAUCUCAAUCUACAACAGCUCAACCAAUCAAUGAUCAGGGUGAAACCCUUGACAAGUCUGGAAAAUUGCUUGGAGAUCAGGCUCAGGAGUGUCACCCUGAAUGUGCUCAUGGCUGCAGUGGACCUGGGCCAGAUGACUGUAUGGACUGUAUGAACUUCAGAGGACCAGGGGGGAGAUGUAUAUCCAAGUGUGGAAUUGGAAUGUAUGCCCAAGGAGGUGUAUGCUUACAAUGUAGCAGCAACUGUGCAAGCUGCAAGAGCUUCAAUAGCUGCCUUAGAUGCAACUCAGGAUAUUACAUUGAUAAACAAUCAGGACUUUGUGUAAAGACGUGUAGCUCAGGAUUUUAUGCAGAUAAAGUGAUGGGUGCAUGUGUGAGAUGUAACCCUAACUGUCUAGAGUGUCAAGAGAAGGCUUCUAUGUGUACAUUAUGUGACAUAGGGGAGACAUUAGGGGGUGACGGAAUCUGUCGUUCAAACUGCCCAUACAACCAGUACAGAAACAGGCAAAAUCAGUGUAAACCAUGUGACAAUACUUGUAAUGGAUGUACUGGGCCAACAUCUAAGGACUGUGUGAAGUGUGUAGUAAGCCUGAAUGGAGAAUGCUAUAAUGCAUGUCCAUCUGGCUACUAUCAGCCUCCAAAUGGUUUUGAGUGUCUCAGGUGUCACUCUAGUUGUGGAACAUGCAGGGGACCUCAAGAUACUGAUUGCACACGUUGCAAUGACAACAGAGUGCUGACCGAUGGAGCCUGCAGACUACCCUUGCCUGCACCGGAGCCUGCACUUAGUCUCAUUUCAUGCAAUGGAGGAGAAUACAGAGGUGUCAAUGGUGCAUGUGAAGUUUGCCAUGCUGACUGCAUUCACUGUACUGGAGGAACCAGAUAUGAUUGCACACAAUGCGCAGAAAACAGGUUUUUGGACCAGACAGUAGGGUGUGUGCAGACCUGCCCAGAUGGUUAUUUUGGCUAUGUAAAUCGAGAGUUAGUUGUACAAGAGUGUCAGAGAUGUCACCAGUCUUGUUUCACAUGUAAAGGGCCACAUCGUGGAGAUUGCACAAAGUGUCAUGAGGGGCAAUACCUUGAUAGUGGUGUCUGUUUUGACCAUUGUGGUUCAGGAGAGUUCCAAAUAGUAGAUGGGACGUGUGGACGAUGCCACAGCUCUUGCCUCAACUGUCAUGGACCUC